ACUGUUAAAAACAAACAAAAAAAAUAGUAAAUUCAUAGAUAGUGAGAGAUGUUCUAAAGUUUCACAAAAAGCAAGAGAUGGUAAGGGGAGUGAGUGGGAACUACAUUUUGUCAAAGCGAAAAAAGAUUGUCCAUCCCUGUUAAAGCUUGUGUGCGGUGGCAACUCUGGACGGUCCGUUUCAUUUUGAAGAGCUAAUUGGUGCGCAAUAAAAUCAUCAUAAAUGGAUAAGGAGAAUAAAAUCUCCAUCAAGCGAGGGGCGCAGACAGUGCAGCACAUUUCUUCAGCUUCCGGCAAUGAUCUGUUGGCCCAAAGUCGAAUCAAAGUGCGUGAAGCGCUGAAUCGAGCCUGCAAGGACAGGCAACAACAAAUGGCGUCAGUGAAGACAGCGUCGAAGUCGCCACCAAAGCGCCAAGGAUAUUUGCUGCCCCAUUCAGAGAGGCUGCAAAUGUCCGCAAAAUUGCAAGCAGCCAAGAAUAAGAAGAACAACAACAACAUCAACAAAAACAACAACGACCGCAGCAGCAGCAACAAGAACAUCAAGAUCAGUGUCGCGGCUGCCACGAAAAAGCGCACGCCGCCCACUCCGCCCAAGUCUACGCUAAGACAGCGAGGCCCACGCAAAAGCAAGCUGGAGGUGCGUACAUUUCACAAGGAUGAUGAAAUGGAGUUCUUCAGUUCUGAUUCGCCCAAAAAACGUCAAAGGAAAAGUGCUCUUAAAAUAGCCGACGAGCCAACUGAACAGACAACGGAGUCUCAGCUGCAGCUGAUGGAGCCGCCGCCAGACAAGCUCCUUUCUGAGUACAGCCAAGAGGAGUUUCUAGGACUCUUCGGUCUCAUUACGCACGAGGUGGCCAAAGCACUGUCGCAACGACCCAAGACUAAAUGGAAGCGUCGCGUCGCCCAGAAUAAGUUUUAUGGCCAUCAGGGCGCUGUGAAGACGCUGAAGGCGACGGUCGACAAGAAGCAGUAGAAUGCCCAGUCAGAUGGGGAGGACCCAGUGAGGAAUCAUAUAUUAUAGCUAUUUUUUUACCCACCAGCGUCAAGUGGAAAACAUUGUGAGCAGGACAACGAAGACAGAACUGGAGAAAAAUACAUUUAUAUUUACAUCGCAUAUAUUUAAGUAAAGCUGAGUUGGCAAAACUGAUUUGUUUUACUUUGAAAUUAAAUACAGCGUAGC